GGGCGGGGAGGCUGCCGGGAUUGCGCCGCGCGGGGAGGCAGCAGCAGCAGCAGCAGCGCCCGCCCGACUAGACUGAGAGCGCGCGCCAGGCAGCCGCCUGCAGGAGCAGGAACAGCCGCCGCCCGUGACCCGCCCUGCCCGCUCCGUCCCUCUGGGCUGCUCCACCGCGCGCACCCGCCUGGCCGCGCGCGUCCCGGUUGCCAGGGCGGCUUGGGAAGCAGACGCCGCCGCCACCACCGCAGCUCCGGCUCCUUUGGACUCUCCACCACCCGGAGAGCUGCUCACCUGGCACCCUCGACGGCGCCCUCGACGGCCGCUGCCGCUUCUUCUCACGACUAAAGGGAUUCGCGGCGGCGACGGUUUGCCCCGCCGGGCCUCUCUGGGGGCCAGGAUGCCCGCCGACCUGAUGGAGAAGAGUUCCUCGUCGCCCGUGGCCGCUACCCCGGCCAGCAUCCACGCGACGCCCGACAAGCCCCGCACUGCCUCGGACCACCGGAAGUCGUCCAAACCCAUCAUGGAGAAGCGGCGGCGCGCGCGGAUCAACGAGAGCCUCGGGCAGCUCAAGACGCUCAUCCUGGACGCGCUCAAGAAGGACAGCUCCCGGCACUCGAAGCUGGAGAAAGCGGACAUAUUAGAAAUGACAGUCAAGCAUUUGAGAAACCUGCAGCGAGCGCAGAUGACGGCCGUGCUGAAUACAGACCCCACUGUGCUGGGUAAAUACCGGGCCGGAUUCAACGAGUGCAUGAACGAGGUGACCCGCUUCCUCUCCACUUGCGAGGGGGUGAACGCCGAGGUGCGAACUCGACUGCUCGGACACCUGGCCAGUUGCAUGAGCCAGAUCAACGCCAUGAACUAUCCCUCCCAUCAGCCACCCUCCGCUGCACUGCCGCCGCCACCCCACCCCGCACCCCCUGGGGCACAGCACGGCCCCUCUUUCGGGCAGCCCCUGGUGCAGAUCCCAGCUGGCGCAGUGCCCCCUGCUGCCAACGUUGUGCCUUGCAAGCUGGGCAACCCGGCCGGGGAAAGCGCCAAGGUGUACGGUGGCUUCCAGCUAGUGCCAGCCUCCGACGGGCAGUUUGCCUUCCUCAUCCCCAGCACAGCCUUUGGGCCCCCGCACAACAACGCCGUCAUCCCCCUCUACGCUGAUGGGGGCAUGGGGUCGGGGCUGCCCCCAGCUGCCUCCGUCUCUCCUGCGUCUGGUGCCCCAUCGCUUUCGGCAGAUUCGGUGUGGAGGCCUUGGUGAAAGCGGGCAAGGGGGCUGGCGGCCUGCCCACCCUUCGGCCUCUGGACUUUGGGUCAGGACUUCGAGUGGCCCCCUACCCCUGUGGCCAGGGCUCUGGGGUCUCUUCCUCCCAGGGAGCCAGUGACCUUCUGGCUCUCUGGCUGUAAAUAGCUGUCUACUGUUCAUAUUGGAUUGUGCCUUCAUUUGUACCGUAGCAAAUGCUCUCCUCUCCCUUUUCUUUUCUGUGGCUUUUCACGUGGCCUGUGCAAGUGUGCACAUGCUUGUGAGAGAGUCCACAUUUCCAAGUCCACCUCUUUCCCCUCCCCCCCUCUGGCUUUGUCUCUGCCCAACUCCUUUUAUUUUCAGUGACACCAAAGACCUGUUUGUUCUUAACGAGGAAAGCCUUCCCUUCCUUUUGGAAGUUAUUUGAUAAAAAUAAAAAAAGACAUUAAGCAUUGUGUGUGCUGCAAUAGGCUGGUGUGGGUGCAGCUCUCUCCUUUGUGCAGGAGGCGGUGUGGUUGUGGGUGGGGGGACAAAGCCAGGAGGAUGAGGGUGCAGGACCCUGAGCUGGGGCUCUCCUGACUGCCCUGAGUCUGCUAUGUUUGCCUGGCUGCUCAUGAAGGGCCAAAUCACAUGGCCUCCUAACCUGAUAAGCUCCUUGCUAAGUCCCUUUUAUCUUCAAAAGUGACUCCUGAAUUUAAUCCACACAGCAGCAAAGAGGAGGGAGGCCGUGAUAAGGCCGCCUAUCAAUGCUAUGUGCAAAAAAGACCUUUUCCUCCUGUUCUGAAGUGUCUCACAUAUGUACACACACAGAUUUCCUAAUUUUUCCCAUGCGGCACAAAAAUGGCAGUAUAGCCUUUGCUCACUGCUUGGCCCCAAAGGGACUGUGCCCUAGGCCUAGAGGGACACUGCAUCUCUGGUUCCAAGGGUCUCGGAUAGCAGAUUUGUGAGUCUCUGCCUGGGAUCCUGGGAAGCCCUUGUUGCUCUAGAGUGGACAAUGGAUCCUAAGGCCUGCUCUCCAUGUAAAGCACCUACCAUACUCCCACAGCAAUGCCCCUGAGCUAGCCACGGGGAAGUGAUGGACUACAGCCUGCAGAUAAACACUCACUAGGGCCUGGAGUUUGUGAAAGCACCAAGACCAAGCCUUUUGCAGCCAGAACUAGGGGCAGUUUUAAGUCUUCAGGAGAAAAGGUCAGGAAGCCGGUACUGUAUAUUGAUUCUUUCCUAUGUAGCUUUGGCAAGUUCCUGGGGGGAAAGGGGAGCCAGCCCUGUCUGGUUGGCAGACACUGGCAAAUUGUUGGCUAGACCAAGCACAUUUGGUGGGUCAUAGAAUUGUAGAGUUGGAAGGGACCCCAAGGGUCAUCUGGUCCAUCCCUUGCAAUCCAGAAAUCAAGGUCCACACCUGGCUGAACAUCUGUACCCCAGGCUUGGUAUGCCCCUCUGAGGAUUCUGCACCAUGUGGAGGGCCAUGGAGCCUCUGUCUUCGGCCCUGUGUUGCUGCUGCUGCUCAAAUUUGCAGGUGGUACAAAGUGGGGAGGUUUGGCUGACACCCUGGGAGAUCAACCCCAGAUGAGAAAAAACAAAUGAUCUUGUCAGGGUUGGAACCUAGAACUGAAAGCAGCAAGAUGGAUUUCAACAGAGCAAGGUAAAAAUCUGCAGCUGGCUAUAAAAGAUCAUAGGAGUAGGGAGGCCUACUUCAACAUAAGGUAAUCCUUGUUGUUGUUUAGUCGUGUCCGACUCUUUGUGACCCCAUGGACCAGAGCACGCCAGGCACUCCUGUCUUCCACUGCCUCCCGCAGUUUGGUCAGACUCAUGUUCGUAGCUUCGAGAACACUG